AUGGGUCGUUCAAAAAAACAAGAAAAAGAUGUAAAAAUUAAACGUAAACAACGCCGUGUACUCAAACGUUUAUUUCGAUACAGUCGACCAGAUUGGCUAUUGAUUACAUUCGGAACAAUUCUUCUAUUAGGAGCAGCUUUAUGCAAAGGAUUUCUCGGUGGAUUUCGUAUUGGAAUAUUUGCUGUAUGUGUAUCACGCCUUAAUAUUCGUCUUCGAACAAAAUUAUUUCAAUCCUAUUUACGACAAGAAAUUGGAUUUUUUGAUACUAACGAAAGUGGCAAAUUACUUUCACGUCUUAAUCAUGAUACACAAAUAAUGAGUUCAACUGUAGCUAAUAAUAUAGCUCAGUGUAUUGGCGCAUUUGUUAAAUUUGUUGGUACACUUAUCAUGAUGAUAAAAUUGAGUUUUCAUUUAACAAUUGCUUGUCUUAUCGGUGCACCACUUAUAUUAAUUGUUACUAGAAUAAGCGGCAAUGCUCAAGGACGUAUAUCAGAAAAGGUUCAAGAUCUAUCAGCUGAUGCAUCCGAAAUAGCCGAAGAAACUAUUCAAACAAUACGAACAGUUCGAAGCUUUGGAAAUGAAGAUGGCGAAUUGAAACGAUUUGCUGAUAUUCUUAAACAAGCUUACAAAGCAUCAUUGGUACAAGCUGCUUUAUCGGCGGCACAAAAAUGGUUUGUUGAAUUAGCUCAAUUGGGUAUGAGUGUUGUUAUGCUUUCCUAUGGUGCUUAUCUUGUGCGUAACAAUCGAAUUGCUGGACCAGAUUUAUUAGCAUUUGUGAUAUAUCAAUUAACACUUGGAUCAAUUUUAAGUGAUAUUUCUCAAAUAUAUACAGCGCUCAUGACAGCAGCUGGCGCUAGUCAAUCAGUUUUUGAUUAUCUCGAUCGUAAAUCAACACAACAACCCAAUGGGACACUUCAACCUGCUGAAUUUCGAGGUGAAAUUGAAUUUAGCGACGUUUCACUUUUCUAUCCAGCCAGACCAGAUGAAGUUGCUCUUCAAAAUGUAACAUUUAAAAUUGAACAAGGUCAAACGUGUGCUUUUGUCGGACCAUCGGGUUCUGGAAAAUCCUCUUGUAUCAAUUUACUUGAACGUUUUUACGAUCCAAGUAGUGGCACAAUAUUGAUUGAUGGUCGAGAAAUUCAUGAUUAUGAUCAUAAAUAUCUUCAUAAAAAAAUUGCUAUGGUGGGACAAGAACCUAUUUUAUUUAAUAGAACAAUUAAAGAAAAUAUUGCAUAUGCAAUAGAUGAUGAUGGUGAUGAUGAUGACACUAGUAUUCGAAAUGAAACAGUCAUAAUUCAAGCUGCUGAACAAGCCAAUGCACAUGGAUUUGUUACUGACUUUGUUAAUGGAUAUAAUACGAUAUGUGGCCAACGCGGUGGUCAUUUAUCAGGUGGUCAGAAACAAAGAAUAUCAAUUGCUCGAGCUAUUAUUCGAAAACCAACAAUACUUUUGCUAGACGAAGCAACAUCAGCUUUAGAUCCUGUGAAUGAACGUUUGAUUCACGAUGCCUUAUUUUAUAAUAAAGAAAGACAAGAACAGAGAACUGUUCUUAUAUCAGCACAUCGGCUAAGUACAAUCGAACAAUGUGAUAAAAUAUUUGUGAUACACAAAGGUCAGUUAGUCGAACAAGGCACACAUGAAGAAUUAAUGAACAAUGGGAAUGGACUCUAUCGAGAACUUGUUCGACGUCAAAAAAUGGAUAUAGACUGUAAUUGA